AUGAGCACACACCUGCACAGCCUCUCCCCAGGUGACACACUACUCAUUGCCGCCGUAAUCCCUAGCUACAGCUGGACGCCAAAUAAGCAUGAAGACAUCAUUCUCAUUGCUGGCGGUGGUGGCAUCACCCCAUUGUACCAGCUUGCCCAGGGUAUCCUCAACAACCCAGACGAUACUAGGACCAAGAUCAAUCUGAUCUACGGCGUUAACAACGAAUCCGAGAUCCUCUUCCAGGACCAGUUCGACCAAUGGCGGCACCAGUUCCCGGAUCGGUUUAAAGCCACCUUUGUCGUUGGCAGCCCAGAGCCCGGAUCUCCUCAUGAAAAAGGCCGGAUCAAUGCCGACCUGCUGUCAAAGCAUAUGGUGCUACCCAAGACAGGAGAAAAAUCCGUGGCGACGAAAGUCUUCGUGUGCGGACCCCCCGCCAUGGAAGCUGCUCUAGUGGGUAAGAGGCACGAUGGUAUCCUCAAACAGAUUGGAUUUACCAAGGAUCAGGUCUUCCAGUUCUGA